UGCAAGUGGCUCAGAGCAGCGCAGCGCGAGGAGAGUGGCGCAGAGCCUUCUCAUCUGCGCUACAACAAGUUGUUUAUUGACACUUCCGUGUUAAACAUGGCUGAUACGAUGCAGGCAAGCAGCGACGACCAAGAGAAUAAUGUCCGCUUCGCUAGGAAAGGGGCGCUGAGGCAGAAAAACGUCCAUGAAGUGAAAAAUCACAAGUUCAUCGCGCGCUUCUUCAAACAGCCCACCUUCUGCAGCCACUGCACCGACUUCAUUUGGGGCUUUGGGAAGCAGGGAUUUCAAUGUCAAGUCUGCUGCUUUGUGGUUCACAAACGCUGUCAUGAGUUUGUCACAUUUUCCUGCCCGGGCGCUGACAAAGGACCAGCCUCUGAAGACCCAAGGAGUAAGCACAAGUUCAAAGUGCACACCUACUCUAGUCCAACCUUCUGUGACCAUUGCGGAUCCUUGCUGUAUGGACUUAUUCACCAGGGGAUGAAAUGUGAUCAAUGCACGAUGAAUAUUCACAAGCGAUGUGUGGCAAAUGUUCCCAGUCUAUGUGGUACUGACCAUACUGAGCGUCGAGGACGAAUUUGCAUUGAUGCUGAAAUCAAGAAAGAUGUUCUUACGGUGCAUAUCAAAGAAGCCAAGAAUCUGGUGCCAAUGGACCCUAAUGGACUAUCUGAUCCCUAUGUUAAACUGAAGCUCAUUCCUGACCCCAAAAGUGAAAGCAAACAAAAAACUAAAACUAUCAAAUGCUCUCUGAACCCAAAAUGGAGCGAAAGUUUUACCUUCCACCUCAAAGACUCUGACAAAGAUCGCAGGCUUUCAGUUGAGAUUUGGGACUGGGACCUCACCAGUCGGAAUGACUUCAUGGGAGCACUGUCUUUCGGAAUCUCAGAGCUACAAAAACUAGGUGUCAGUGGCUGGUUCAAGCUGCUGGGGCAGGAGGAGGGUGAAUAUUUUAAUGUCCCAGUUCCCCCUGAAGGUGAGGAAGGCCGAGAAGAGCUCAGGCAGAAAUUUGACAGAGCAAAGAUUGGCCCAGGUAUGGAGAAUAUAGAUGGUUCCUCCUCCAAUGCAACUUCUAAAUUUGACAACAACGGGAACCGUGACCGUGUGAAGCUAACAGACUUUAACUUCCUUAUGGUCUUGGGAAAGGGCAGCUUUGGAAAAGUAAUGUUGGCAGAGAGGAAGGGCACAGAUGAGCUCUAUGCCGUCAAGAUCCUGAAGAAAGAUGUAGUGAUUCAAGAUGAUGAUGUAGAAUGUACCAUGGUUGAAAAGCGUGUGCUAGCUCUUUCUGGAAAACCCCCCUUUCUUACACAUCUCCAUUCAUGUUUCCAGACAAUGGACCGCCUCUUCUUCGUCAUGGAGUAUAUUAAUGGUGGUGACCUUAUGUAUCAAAUUCAGCAAGUUGGCAAAUUUAAGGAGCCCCAUGCAGUGUUCUAUGCAGCAGAAAUUGCCAUUGGCCUUUUCUUUCUUCACAGCAAGGGAAUCAUCUACCGGGAUCUCAAGCUGGACAAUGUGAUGCUAGACUCAGAAGGCCAUAUUAAAAUAGCUGAUUUUGGCAUGUGCAAAGAACACAUGUGGGAUGGAUUAACCACCAAGACAUUCUGUGGCACUCCAGACUAUAUUGCACCUGAGAUUAUUGCUUAUCAGCCUUACGGGAAGUCUGUGGAUUGGUGGGCCUUUGGUGUCCUGCUGUACGAGAUGCUAGCAGGUCAGCCUCCAUUUGAUGGUGAGGAUGAGGAUGAGCUUUUCCAGUCCAUCAUGGAGCACAAUGUCACGUAUCCCAAAAUUAUGUCCAAGGAGGCAGUAGGGAUCUGCAAAGGGCUAAUGACUAAGCACCCUGCGAAGCGGCUAGGCUGUGGACCAGAGGGAGAGCGAGACAUAAAGGAGCAUUCUUUCUUCCGCUACAUGGACUGGGAGAAAUUGGAAAACAAAGAAGUGCAGCCACCCUUCAAGCCAAAAGCUUGUGGCAGAGACGCCGGGAACUUCGACCGCUUUUUCACCCGCCAUCCGCCACAGUUAACACCACCUGACCAGGAGUUCAUCGUAAACCUUGACCAGGCCGAGUUUGAGGGCUUCUCCUUUAUUAACCCUCACUUUAAGAGUGUCGAGGUGAAGAGUUAGAAGCCAAGGCCUUGUCUCCUGGGUGCCUGAAGUGGCGCUGCCCUCGGGGGUUCUUGCCAUUUUCCUCUUGUCAUAUCAAAGAACAAAAAUAACCGCUCUCAGGGUGACCACAUGGCUGGGAAGAAGCAAUGCUAUUACUGUAUUUGAGCAACUGGCAAACCACUUGGUGUCCAGCUGCCAAGUCUCCAUUCAUUCCUGCCCCUCUGGAAUCCAGCUGCUGUGUCUCUGUUCCUCCCCACUGAUGACCUGUUGUGGUGUUUCUGUUCCUGCUCCUCAGUGUUCACCAGCUAACUCUGCACUUUGUGCCCUUUUGCCACCAGUCUUGCUCCUUUUGGUGUGUCUAUGUCUGUCCCCAAUGGGUUUCAGAUUUCCUCUGUACAGAGACCGUGGUGUGCCUGGUUGCAGCCUUGUCUGUAUUUAGUGCACCAUGCUGUCCGUGUAGCAUAAAGAGGGGGAGAACGCUUGGGCGCCUUCCAUUAUUUGUUGCUUUACCCUCCGUCUACCAAAACUGAUUCGACCUUAUGGCCGCUGGUAAUCGUUCAUGAACAUGGCAGUGAGUAUGCCUGUCGGGCUAAGGGGUCCUUAUUUUUAUUUCAUUUUUUUACAUUUAGAGAAAUAGUGUGUGUAUACUUGCAUGUGAUUGGGGACGUGGGGUGGGUGAGGGGUGUAUACGGCACCAAAUCUCGAAUUCAGCUGCUUAUGGUCGCUAAGGAGCUGCCCAUUCACCAUAAUAACAGAUCACCAGCUGAGCAGUGACACUACUGCAACAUCAUGUGGGCAAAGCGGCAGCAUAUUCAUGUGCCCUUGUAGAAGAGAGGCACCUAAAUGCCGUGCAGAAGCUCCCCGGUGCUGAGAGUGAGACUGAUGGGGCACCCAAUGAGCAGCGAAGAAACAGUGCACCCUGGGGCAGGGAGGUGGGACAGUUAGGCUCCCAAUGAGCAAUGAGACAACAGCCUGCCUUCUGUGGAGCUCACACGGAGUGGUGAUAUCCUCAACAUCCCAGCGAGGCAGCCAGGGAGCAGUGAGAUACCAGUACACCCUCGGGCGCUUCCACUGAUGGCUGUAGCGUCUCACACUGAGCAGUGAGAUGCCUGUGGGCCCUGGGGAGAGGCCCAGUGAGCUGUGCAAACCUCGUCCACCCUCGGGGAGUCCCAAAGAGGUUCAUAUAGCACCUUCCUAAAUCUGGAGCCCUGCUGGGAAUAAUUGUUGCCAGUAGGACGCCAGGGUAAGUGGUCGCCCUGGAAACCACUGACACGUCAUUUUCACCAGUUGGUAGCCAGUAGCCUGCGUUGCUCAACUUAUCAUCAUUUCUCAUUUCUGCCAAACCUCCAAGAGCUUGAUUAUUUUUGUAAGGUUCUCUAGCGCAGUGCAGACCGCACAGUGGAAGUGUCCAGUGCAUGCAUGUUGUGCAAGCAGAACAGAGACUUUGGGGGUAUUCUUCACUUAGCUUCUUCGCACCUCUAGAUCUGGAAGAACAGCCCCCCACCCUAUCCCUCCUCACCCUGUCGUGCAUGAGAGUGGCUGUGUGUAGACAACGUUGUUCCGCACUUCUGAUUGGCUCUUGUGUUUGUAAACUGCUGUUUCUGUGCCAAAGUAUUUUCCAUAAAAUAAAGACUGAUGCUGAAAA